AGGCAUGGAAGUAGUUGGGCUCUUCUGUUUGGCGGUGGCGGUCCUAGCUGGGAGCGUCCUCUGGAUUUGGGGCUCUUCAGAAGGAUUGAAGAGUCGAGAGCGCGAAGGCCUGGGAACUGGAAGCCGAACCCUCCUAGUGAUCGCGCAUCCUGAUGAUGAAGCCAUGUUCUUUGCUCCCACUGUGCUAGGCUUGGCCCGCCUGAGGCACCGGGUGUCCCUGCUGUGCUUCUCUGCAGGAAAUUACUACAAUCAAGGAGAAAUUCGUAAGAAAGAACUUUUGCAGAGCUGUGAUGUUUUGGGGAUUCCACCUUCCAAUGUAACGAUUAUUGAUGACAGGGAUUUCCCGGAUGACCCUGGAGUGCAGUGGGACAUAGAGCAUGUGGCUGGCGUCCUCCUCCAGCAUGUGGAAGCAAAUGACAUCGACCUGGUGGUGACUUUUGAUGCGGGGGGAGUAAGUGGCCACAGCAAUCAUGUUGCUCUGUACGCGGCCGUGAGGGCCCUGCACUCGGAAGGGAAGUUACCUAAAGGGUGCUCUGUGCUCACGCUGCAGUCUGUGAACAUGCUGCGCAAGUAUACCUCCCUCCUGGACCUGCCCUUGUCUCUGCUUCACACCCGGGAUGUCCUCUUCGUGCUCACCAGUGAAGAAGUGGCACAGGCCAAGAGAGCCAUGUCCUGCCACCGCAGCCAGCUGCUCUGGUUCCGCCGCCUCUACGUCCUCUUCUCCCGGUACAUGAGGAUCAACUCGCUGCACUUCCUCUGAAGCCUUGAAGAGGCUUCAGAUCCAAAGAACAGAGGGGGAAAGAGACCAGAAAGCCCAGGGAGCCAGGCCUAGAGCUGGCUAAUGUGCUCUGCAGGUGGGUGGCCUGGUGGGCUGCAGGCUGUCCACACACAGCCUUUUCCUCUGGGAAAAUACACACACACAACUGUCCAAACCAACCAGCCCAGGCCAGCCAGUGGCAUGUGGUUAAGGCAGCUGGAUCACACAUGGAUCACACAUGGCUGACUGUGCAGUUUAAGUCCCAGACCUGGCAGCUUGAAGAACACGUAGGCAUCCAUGCCCAAAAAUAUCCCGAGGGAAAAAUGGAGAAGAGACUACAGCAUGAUCAUUCCCCCUGGGGGUGCUUUCUCACCUCUCUCUCACUGUCUCUCUCUGGUGAGUGCACGUGCUCUAUAGCAAAUUUAAUUAAUUAAUUAAUUAAUUAAAGCAAAACAAAAACAACCAAAGGAUAGUAGUAACAGCCACCCUGCUAGCCUCUCAAGUUCUUGAAGGGAACAGUUUGUGUAAAGACAAAGUCCAUGAAGACACCUGGCGCCAAGCCUAGGCAGGCUGCUGUUACAUUAGCAUAAAUGAACUUAACAACGCUCCAGUAACAAUGCUUCAGUAACGAUGCUCUAGUAACAGCGCUC